AAACAUCCUCUAUCUUGAGACGCACACAAGAAUAUCAUUCUCCUCAGCCCAUCUCCAAUAAAAUCGAUAUUCCCGUUUCUUCCAUAUUCGAUAGCAGCGGAGUGCACUCUGUGGAGGUGGAAUAUAUUUGCCUUUUGUCAGUUAUUCUCCUCUGAUACUUGAAAAGAAUUAGCGUUUUUCAAAGACCGAAUUUCCUGGCUGUCACCUGUAUGUACGUAUCGGUAAUGCCUCUCCUGCAAGUGGUGGUGAGGCAGGGCCACGACGUUUGUUUCUUGUUUCCGUGUCUUGGUGAUUGUUUCCAACCUGAAAAUGCUGGGAUUUUGGGGGGAUUUUUCAGGUGUUGAAAGCUCUCCUGAGUAAAAGUAGGCAUCUUUUAAACAUGGCAGAUGCUCAGGAAACUGAUAAGAACAUUCAGAUAUGGAAGAUCAAAAAAUUAAUUAAGGCCUUGGAGACUGCUAGGGGUAGCGGCACGAGUAUGAUUUCUUUGGUAAUGCCUCCGAGGGAUCAGAUUUCUCGUGUCACGAAAAUGCUUGGUGAUGAGUUUGGAACUGCAUCAAAUAUUAAGAGCAGGGUUAACCGACAAUCAGUUUUAGGAGCAAUAACUUCUGCUCAGCAAAGGCUGAAGCUUUACAGUAAAGUCCCACCAAAUGGAUUGGUGCUUUAUACAGGAACUAUUAUCACAGACGAUGGAAAAGAAAAGAAAGUAACAUUUGAUUUUGAACCUUUCAAGCCCAUAAAUGCAUCAUUGUAUCUUUGCGAUAGUAGAUUCCACACAGAGGCCCUGGAUGAACUUCUUGCAUCUGAUGAGAAGUUUGGAUUUAUAGUUAUGGAUGGUAAUGGGACUCUUUUUGGGACCUUGAGUGGUAACACUCGCGAAGUGCUUCAUAAGUUCACUGUAGAUUUGCCCAAGAAGCAUGGAAGGGGAGGACAAUCAGCUUUGCGUUUUGCACGUCUUCGUAUGGAGAAACGCCACAAUUAUGUUCGAAAAACUGCAGAGCUAGCAACUCAGUUCUUUAUCAAUCCUGCUACCAGUCAGCCAAACGUUGCUGGUUUGAUUUUGGCAGGGUCUGCAGAUUUUAAGACUGAAUUGAGCCAAUCUGAUAUGUUUGAUGCCAGGCUUCAGGCAAAGAUACUUAAUGUUGUUGAUGUGUCAUAUGGUGGAGAGAAUGGAUUUAAUCAGGCUAUUGAGCUGUCUGCUGAGAUUCUAUCAAAUGUCAAGUUUAUUCAAGAAAAGCGCCUGAUAGGGAAAUAUUUUGCAGAAAUAAGUCAGGAUACAGGUAAGUAUGUAUUUGGUAUUGAUGACACUUUAAAGGGUCUGGAGACGGGAGCUGUUGAAACGCUGAUUGUGUGGGAGAGCCUAGAUAUUAACAGAUAUAUCCUAAAGAAUAGUGUCACUGGUGAAACUCUCAUUAAGCACCUAAGCAAAGAGGCAGAGCUUGAUUUAGACAAUUUCAAGGAUCAAGACUCAGGAACAGUGCUAGAAGUUCUAGACAAGAUGUCCUUGUUGGAGUGGUUUGCUACUGAAUACAAAAAUUUUGGCUGUACGCUUGAAUUUGUGACUAAUAAAUCACAGGAAGGUUCUCAGUUCUGCAGAGGAUUUGGUGGAAUUGGUGGGAUCCUAAGAUACCAGUUAGAUUUGCGAACCUUUGAUGAGUUGUCUGACGAGGAGGGUAUCUAUGAAUCUGAAUGACAAUCAAUUCAUACUUAUCUUGAGCAUGCCGACCACAGCUCGGAAAUGUGCAUGAGGCGUUCAACUAUUUUAUGGUCAAGAUUAUGCAAAUUCUGUGUCGGCAACUGCUCUUAUAUUAAUGCAAGCUGGAAACAGUCUUUUGCAUUAAGGGAUCGUGUAAUUAUGGGGGUUCUACAGAUAAUAGAACUGAGCUUUGCAAAUGAUCAGUCUUUUGCACCGUUCAAGGCAAGUGAAAAGUUAUUUUCAUUAAGGGAUCGUGCUACAAUGUGGUUUCUACAGAUAAAUAAGACUGUCUCAAAUCAGCAUGCUUGUCACCAUUGGCUGGGGUUCACCGGAAAACUUCUCUUGGAAUGAAUGUUGGGCCCCGCAGCUCUAUUCUAAAUGCAAAGUCUCAUAUAGCAGUCAUGAUUUCACAGAUUUGCACCUGGUACUAGUCAUGUUAUUAUCUAUCUAGCAUAAUGAUUUAUGUUGGAGGUUGUGGGUGUUAUUGAAUCAGGAAUGAAGCCUAGAGAUUUGGUUUGAGUAAAAUGUUUUCUAUUGAUACACUGUUUGAUAUGCCUAUGGUACGGGGAUAUGACUUUAGGGAGAUAAGACCCUUUCUUUUCUUUAAGAUAUCUCAGAGUAUCUGCCAAUAAUAAUGAACUGAUGUUUACUGUAGAUAAGUGUUUCAUCUGCAUGUGGCAUGUUUUCUGUAACUGCAUAUGUUUUUAGGUUGGUAAUAUUAUUAUUGUUUCUUUUUGCUUUCUCGA